UUACUGCACGAGUUGGAAUGGUUAUGUUUAGCUGGUGUUGGAGCAGUCGACGAUCAGGUCCUGGAACGGUUGACAAACUGCAAACUGUUGAAGGCGCUGGAUAUCAAAUUCUGCAGAAACGUUACCGAGAUAGGUCUUAUAAUCAUUCUGGAGCUACCCGUGCUUUCACAGCUCGAUGUUCAAGGAGUUCGAGCAUACUCGAGCAGAAUUCUACAACAUGCAAAACGGAUACCAAAGACAAUUCUCAGCGAACAGUGCGAAGUGAUGCCGAUUCACCUGCCGCCAUUGCCUAGCGCAGUUGUUAGCUGA